AUGAACUCGCUCUACAAUCAAGCAUUGCGGCAGUUUUCGUCGAUCCAGUCUGACAUUUCGCGCAUCGAUUCGGAAGGCGAUGUUGGCUCGUCGACCGCGUUCGGACCGGUCACUGUCUCGCUCUCUUCACUGGAACGGACGAUUGACGAGUACGAAAAUCUGGCCAAAAAGGAACUCAUCCAAUCCAAGCAGGACAAGGCGCUGAAUCGAGUGGCGAAAUUUCGUACCGACUAUGCCGAGCUUUCAUCGCAACUUGCGCGGCUGAAAACCAAAGGUUCGCUCUGCAACGGCUCCAACGUGUCUAACGGAGCAUCGUCAUCAACGCUUCGAUCGCCCACCAGUAUUGGCACGUUUGCUCAGAACGCCAAUCGACGCGUUUCAGCCAUCGCCGAAUCACCGUUCAGCUUGCAUGCGCGAAAUCCCGUCUCUUCCGCUCCCUCCGACCCGUUAGCAGCGUACAAAAUGAAUCCGUCCGCCGCCGCCAUGUUUGGCACCGACACAUCGUUUUCAGCACGAGAAUCACAUGCGUUAAGAGAACACUCGUUCAUCCAGCAAACCGAAGCGCAGCUAGACGUCUUCAUCGCCCAGGGCCGAGAAGUCUUCGGAAACCUCGUCGAACAAAGGGGCAUCCUAAAAGCCACUCAACGAAGACUCAGAGACGCCGCAAAUACCUUGGGCCUCAGCAGAAGCGUCAUUGGUUACAUCGAAAGGAGAAGUACUCAAGACAACAUCAUCUUUGCACUAGGCGCCCUCUUCACUUUGGUUUGCUUCUGGUACAUCUACAAGUGGUUCGGUUGA